GUUUCCUGUCGCUCGCUGUCUUUGUCCCCUCAGAGACUCAGAGUGCAGAGAGGAGGAACAUGUCCGCCGUGGAGCUGCUGCGGGUGUCGGUACAUGAGCGGAUCAGCGCUGCCGCUGAAGACUUUCUUCUACAAGUGGAGGAAGGAGGAGGAAAGGCUCGAGUCCCAGAGCUGAGAGCGAAGCUCAACGAGCGGCUAAUGGCGGCGGUGGAGCAUAUCCUCGCGGGGCUUGAGAAAACCUUGUUAGAGUACGAGGGCCGAGUGGAGCGGGCAGAGCAGUCCGAGCGGGAGAUCUGCCGCCAGAGGAGGCUGCUCGAUGCCGUGAUGCAGCCCAAAGUCUGGCUGCACAGAGCAGUGUGUCCUGCAGACUUCCAGCAACUGAUGGUGAAUAAAGAAGAGGUACCCCCUGAGGAGCAGCAGUGGAGCCGCCUUGUGGACCAGGAGGACCCUGAGCCCCCACACAUUAAAGAGGAACAGGAGGAGCCGUGGACCAUUCAGGAUGGACAGAAGCUUCAAGGACUGGAGGAGGCUGAUAUCAAGUUCACAUUGACUCCUGUCGCUGUGAAGAGUGAAGAAGAUGAAGAGAAACUUAAAUCGUCAGAGCUUCAUCCGAGUGAGACGAAGAAGAACAGAGCGGACUGUGGAGGACCAGAACCAGCCAGGAACUCAGGUCCUGAUGGACGUUUACAACCAGGUCCUGAGGACAAGACUGAAGACUCUUCUGAGACUGAAGAGAGUGAGGAUCCUUGGAUGGAGACCAGGGAACCUCAGACUGGUUUAAAUACGAGAAAUAACAAACAGCCUCUAAGUGAUAUUGGAUGUAAGACAGAAAAAAAAUCGUUCAGUUGCUCUGAGUGUGGUAAAAGAUUUCGCCAUAGGGGCCAUCUAAAUAGUCAUAUGAGGAUUCAUACAGGAGAGAAACCGUUUAGUUGCUCUGAGUGUGGUAAAAGAUUUAGCCAUAGGGGAGCUCUAAAUAAACAUAUGAGGAGUCAUACAGGAGAGAAACCGUUUAGUUGCUCUGAAUGUGGUAAAAGAUUUACAGAAAGUGGCAGUCUAAAUGCACAUAUGAGGAUUCAUACAGGAAAGAAACUGUUUGGGUGCUCAGAGUGUGGUAAAAGAUAUAGCUAUAAGGGAGAUCUAAAUAAACAUGUGAGGAGUCAUACUGGAGAGAAACAGUUUAGUUGCUCUGAGUGUGGUAAAAGAUUUACAGAAAGUGGCAGUCUAAAUACACAUAUGCGGAUUCAUACAGGAGAGAAACAGAUAAGUUGCUCUGAGUGUGGUAAAAGAUUUAACCAACGGGGCCAUCUAAAUAACCAUAUGAGGAAUCAUACAGGAGAGAAACCAUUUAGUUGCUCUGACUGUUGUAAAAGAUUUAGUCAAAGGUGCGAUCUAAAUACACAUAUGAGGAGUCAUACAGGAGAGAAACCGUUUAGGUGCUCUGAGUGUGGUAAAGGAUUUAGUCAAAGGUGCAAUCUAAAUUCACACAUGAGGACUCAUACAGGAGAGAAACCGUUUAGGUGCUCUGAGUGUGGUAAAGGAUUUAGUUAUAGGUGCAGUCUAAAAACACAUAUGAGGACUCAUACAGGAGAGAAACCAUUUAAAUGCUCUGAGUGUGGUAAAAGAUUUACAGAAAGUGGCAAUCUAAUUAGACAUAAGAGGAUUCAUACAGGAGAGAAACCGUUUAGUUGAUUGAGUGUGGUGAAUGAUUAAAGAUUCAGUCCUAUUGUACGAGACAUUUGAGGAUUCAUGAAGGAGAGAAUUGACUCAGUUGCAACCUUUGCAACAAAAGACUUAUUAGGAUUAUUCAGCAGAUAUUCAUUUUAUACAUAUUCAUAGCUCAGUGUUUUAAAUAGACUUAACAGGUUUUAUGUCCCCAGAAAAUAGAACUAAUUGAAUAACACGGAAGAUUUUUGUUGAUAUAUCUUGUUUCUACUGAUUUCUACAUAAUUUAUCUACUUUUCAUAAAGUCCUUCAUGUCGUUUUGACUGCUUGAGCUAUCAUGGCCCGAAUACGGGCAUGUUUUUUCUAUCGAUCAGCGUCAAACAUUUGUAUUUAAAGAACUGCGGUUCUAAUACAACAUAUCGUUAGAAAGCUAAGAUUCUUCUGAUUCCACUGAUGUAAACCAUUUCAAGAUCCGAUCUCCACAGCCGGUACAAUAAACUUCUCAGUUCAGCGUCAGUCAGACCGGAAAUUAGAAAAAAGUUGUCGCCACUUACCGGAGAAUCAUCAUAUUAAUCCACAGAUCGAUAAAAUUCCAACAAACGCUGUUGGUACAUCGCCAACGAUUCACCUCGUUGACGGACAGAGCCUGCCCAUCUUCUGACAUUAAAAGACUGAGCCAAUUGCCACCGAUUGUUAUGAUGACUGGCGUAUCGUUUAGCCAAUGAAAUUUCCAUCGUAAAAAAGUGAUGAUCCAGGGGAAAAAAAUACUGAGGCGCCAUGCAAAUCACUGUGCAACAGUGUCCAGCUGGUGCCAGAGCGCUGUGCGCCCGUGUUUCGUCCCCGUCGUGACUGCUACAUGUUGCUAAAAUAUAUGAAAGAUGUUUAUUUGUAUAAAUUUUACCGGUUUUGUCUCCUUUAUAUAAAAGUAUGUUUUUAAGUGUAAAAUUAGACCUUUUAGCCUGGUUGGUUACCAUGGUUACAAAGGGUCUGCUAGAGUCUCCAAAUGGCCUUUGUGGAAAACGCCUAGACAUGGCCUUAGGAAAGAAUCUGUCAAAUAUUAAUUUUCUGUGGUAUUGUUAUCAAAUUUUAACUUGGGCUAGUCAAGGCUUCAUGCUAGGGCCCCAUUGUGUUUUCCAGCUAGAGUCAUCAGCAGGCAUCUGUUUACCAAGAUAUUCAGGCGAAAAUGAAUACCUUCUACUUCACUGUGUGCCAACUGCUAUUACUCAAUGCCAGUAUUACUUAUAGUGAUUAUGACUGUUAAGGGGGAAAGGUCAGAAUGUUACCUCUCAAAAGAGACCAAGACCAUGCAUGUUCUCUAAAUGGUGCAAGAACAGCGUUCAAUUUAAUUUGGGUGUCCUCAAACAGGCGUUUAGGCGAAUAUCACCCGUUUCUUAAGAGGUUAAGGUUAAAGUGUGAUCCUUAAUGUGUGUUUUUAACUAGUUCAUAUGAUUUAAUACGUUUGUUUAAAACAAUGGUUUCGUGGUUCGUGAGAUUCAAUGACAGUGUGUGUUGUCCUUUAUGUAUUGAAUGUGUUUCCAAGAAGAAAGGUCCAAUAAAAAGAUGAUGGCGUCGUC